ACGGACAGACGGACGCAGAGGCGCUCGCGCCCGGCAGCUAGGCGUCCCCGCACCGACCCCGGUCCCCGGCAUGGCGCUCGAGCCCCUCGGCCUCCCGGGCCUGCUCCUCGCCCUGCUCCUGCUGCUCGCGGCCGUGUGUCUGCGCAGCAGGCGCUGCAGAAGACCUGGUGAACCUCCCUUGAUAAAAGGCUGGCUUCCUUAUCUUGGUGUGGCCCUGCAAUUACAUAAAGAUCCAUUGAGUUUUAUAAAAACACUGCAAAAGCAACAUGGUGACACUUUCACUGUUCUCCUUGGGGGAAAGUACAUAACAUUUAUUCUGGACCCUUUCCAGUACCAGUUAGUGAAUAAAAACCACAAACAAUUAAGCUUUCGUCAGUUUGGUAAUAAAGUAUCAGCCAAAGCCUUCUCCACCAAGAAACUGUUAGAAAAUGAUGAUCUUGACGAAGACAUUCAUUCUGCCUAUGCACUUUUACAAGGCAAAUAUUUGGAUGUUCUCUUGGAAAACAUGCUACAACAUGUAAAACAAAUGUUUGAGUCCCAAUUACUAAAAACUACAAAUUGGAGCACCACAGGCAUCAUGCAGUUCUGUAGCUCACUAGUCUUUGAGAUCACAUUUACAACCAUAUAUGGACAAAUUCCUUCUGAUGACAGGAAAAAUAUUAUCAAUGAACUAAGAGAUGACUUUUUAAAGUUUGAUGACAAGUUCCUAUACUUGGUAUCUGACAUACCCAUUCAGCUUCUAGGAAAUGUCAAGUCUUUGCAGAGGAAAAUUAUAAGAUGCUUGACCUCAGAAAAAUUAGAUCAACUGCAAGGAUGGUCAGAAAUUGUUCAGAAGAGGCAAGAUAUCCUGGAGAAAUAUUAUACACGUGAGGACUUUGAAAUAGGAGCACAUCAUUUGGGCUUACUCUGGGCCUCUAUGGCAAACACUAUUCCAGCUAUGUUCUGGGCAAUGUAUUAUCUUCUCCGGCACCCAGAAGCCAUGGAGGCACUGCAUGACGAAAUUGACCGUUUGCUGCAGUCAACAGGUCAAAAGAAAGGGUCUGGAUUUUCCAUCCACCUCACCAGAGAACAAUUGAACAGCCUGGUCUGCCUAGAAAGCUUCAUCCUCGAGGUUUUUCGACUGUGCUCAUAUUCGAGCACAAUUCGUUUAGUUGAAGAGGACUUGACUCUCAAUUCAGAGACCAACAACUACUGUCUGCGAAAGGGAGACUUGGUAGCCAUCUUCCCUCCAGUCAUCCACAAUGACCCUGAAGUCUUUGAAGCUCCGGAGGAAUUUAGAUUUGAUCGUUUCAUGGAAGACGGUAAGAAGAAAACCAACUUUUACAAAAGUGGAAAGAAGCUGAAGUUUUACAUAAUGCCAUUUGGAUUUGGGACCAGCAAAUGUCCAGGCCGAUAUCUGGCAGUUGUUGAAAUAAAACUACUACUGGUCGUAUUUUUAACUUAUUUUGAUUUAGAACUACUUGACAAGAAGCCUGUGAGACGAGGCCAAAGCCGCUUGUUGUUUGGUGUUCAGUAUCCAGAUUCUAAUGUUUUAUUUAGGUACAAGGCAAAAGCAUAGAGAAGCUGAAAGGAAGGAAAAGAACUCUGUCCAAAUGAACCUCAAUGCCCUAAGCUCUUCUGUUUGUUUCUAUUUCCUGCAAGUAUAGAUCUUAUUUCAUUUGUUUGUUGUUUUAAAAAGUCCCAACUUAAAUUUGACCUGAGAUCAGUCCAGUUUCUGCUUGGUCACUAACCCUAUCAUAAAGUAAAGUAGGAUAAAGUAAAAUAGGGUGGUGUCAUAAAAAUGGACAUUGCAAUCACCAUUAUAAGUUUAGCUCUUCUUAAGUUUGUGCUAUUGUGAUUCUUAUCAGUUGUGUGCAUGCAGCAUUUUUUAAAGUUACCUGAACCCUUUUCCAAUUUGUAAAAGUACAUUUUAUGUAGUACUGAGAAAUCAUGCUAGAAAUGGACACAGUCUAACAAAUUCCAAAUUCUUGGUGAAGGAAAUUAAAUUCCUAUGAGUUAAGCUAUAUGAAAAUGUUCCCUUCGAGUACAAGAUCAGGACUUCCUAUAUUGCCAGGGUGUGCUUGCAUUAAAUGAGUUUUGCAAUAGAUAAAAUGCUUCCACUUCACUUCAAUAUUUAGUCAUCCAUAAAAUUCCUUAUUACUUUGCAUACCAUGACUCAACACAAGAGAAUCUCUUGUUAUCUAAAAGUUCUCUGUUCAAGUUAGACACUGAUAAGAUUUAGAGUGUAGGAAAACACAACCCCUAUUGUAUUUUCUACAGUUGCCCUAGACAUUAGUAUAAGGUUGAUUACAGGUGGAAAUGUUGAGCUCAUUACAGCAUUUACAGUAGUGAUUGGCUUUAGGAUAAAUCAGAAGUGUGUUCCAAUGCUGCAGCAAACCCUUCUCUAGAUAUUGCCAUCUGUAUCAACUGAGAAAAAAGACAGCAAUAUCUGUUCUUGUCUUCCUACAUUUUGACUUCUAGUUUAUUUGCAUUAUUAUGAAGUGUACAUUUACAUAUAACACAAGGCAGUCUUGUGUCAGUGACUCAAUGAUUUCUAAUAUCAAUUUACAAGUAAUAGAUAUUCCACAUGAAUGAUGACUUUGGCAGACAGCUUCAGGUUCACUGAGAUGAACUUUCAGACCAAGCACAGUUAUGGAGGAAGGGACUUAUUGAAGCUUGCAGAUCCAGGGGAAGUUCCAUCGUGGCAGAAGAAGCUGGCCUGCUCUUA